AUUAAAAAAAAAUAAUUAAAAUGGAGGCAUCAAAAAAGCUUGUUGCAGUGUUUCUUGUUUGUAUUAUUGUUAUUUCUUCAUCUGUACAAGUCUCCAUGGCUAAUGAAGAAAAAUUUGAAGCUGCUUCAACUGACUACAUAGGUUGUUACAAUGAAUGUCAAAAGGAAUGUUCUGGUGGAUACACUCAUUGUGAGAUGAAAUGUGAUGAAGAUUGCACAGCUAAAUUGCUCAAAGAUAGAAUCCAGAAAUUGAAGAAUUGAAGCCUUGAAAAUAUAGUGGGGGGAAAAGAAUAAAACGGUGGUUUUUAAAAUUUUAUUUCUACUAAUUAAUUUAUUAAUUUCUUA